GUCACUGUCCCCUUUCAGACUGUUGCUAGGAUACAGAGCGCUACACUACUCAGCAAAAGCUAAAAACUGGCGUAAAAAGUUGACGACAGGAAAACGGGAAGACUUUACCUAAAACAUUUUCUACAGCCAGGAGACCAUAAAAAGGAAGAGAAGAAGUUUGCUCAGAAAACAGGAAACACAAGGACAACAGCAGCAACAGAAGAACAAGAACUUACAGGAAAAGAUGAAGAAGGUUCAUAGGAAAGAGGCUGGUUUUUUGCUGAUCACACGCAGAAAACCAAAGCAGCAGAAGAACAAGAGCCUGCAGAAAUGUACGGAAACGACGCGUACGCAAGACGUAAACAAGGACGCUGGUGGUCCAGCUCAGACCACAUUGAAUGGACGCUUAUUGCUCCAGUUACACCGUGUGGAUAAGCCGUCCCACCUCUGCACCAUCAACAUCAGUGGGCAAAAUCUGACUUCUGUUGAGCCAGAAGAGCUGAUGGCCUUUGUAAAUGUCGCCUACGUUGAUGCAUCUGAUAACUUCCUCUCUUUAGGAUCAUUCAGCAGCUUCACGUCUUUGAAAGAACUCAGUCUGGCUUUAAAUAGAAUCAAAAACAUGGAUUUUGAUGUUGCUGACUUCCCUCAUUUAGAGGUCUUGAAUUUGUCCUUCAACGCCUUACCAGCAGAGGUUUUACUCCAGUUCGGUCAGUUUCCACGACUUAAAACUCUUGAUCUGACCAGAAAUGAUCUCAACAGUCUUCCUCCCAAUUUUGGUGCCUCACACAGCGACCCGUCUGACAUGCUGUCUGAAGAGGGACCCAAACAGUUUGAGGCUCUUGAAGUCCUGAUUCUUGAAAACAACAGACUGACCUCUAGUGUCUUCUACAGCCUUACCAACCUGAAGAGGCUGAAGCAUCUAAACCUAGAGGGGAACCGUAUCACAGAAAUACCUUGUAAGGAAGUGAUGGAGAGUUCAAAACCCGCUUUGAGGGAAGGCGAACAGGAAGACAUCGAGUCUAAAAUCGACCACCAUAUUGAGAUUAUGAAGAUUCUUCACGCACUGAGGGAGGAAGGCUGCAGGCGAUCCAGUGUGUUUCUGCCUGAGCUCCAGUACCUCAAUCUGGCCAACAACAAGAUCGCCUCAGAGGAAGCCAUGGUUGCUGCUGCUCUCUUCCCAAAUCUCUGCGAAUUAGAUAUUCGCUGCAAUCCUCUACGCACACUGAGGAGAGGAGAAACGCCUUUACUGACCUAUUUCCUUCAAGACAAGCUUGGAAUAAAGAUAAAGAGAGGGAAGGAGAAAGAGUUUGUAAAACUUCCCCAGAAGCCGUUAAAGAUGCCAUUUAAGUCGGACUCAACUUCUGUGAGACGCUUUCAGGACAACAAAAGACCAGAGGACAAGAAUAAAAGCAAAAGUCUGGAAAACACAAAACACUUCUUCAUUACUCAGACCGAAGAAGAAGCCAAGCUUCAUGACGAAUCUGCACAAAACAGAGCCUGUCCGGGACGACCCAUACGCUACGACUUGAUAAUGGACGUGAAACCACUUCCCUACAUCGGAAUUCAAACAGCUGUUCGGAUGCUGGAUCAGACACUAAGGAGUCUGAACAUCUACAGAGACUCCAAACCCAGGCUUGAUAGCAUCCAGACGCCAUACAGAGAAAUGAAAAAGAGGAUAGUGGAGCUGCCACCUCUGAGACCAUUAAAGCAGCCGAUCGAAAGAGUUGAGGAGUUGAUCAAGGAAAUAAAAGAUAGUAGAGCGGCCAAAGUUGUUUCCUUAGGAAGUGUUAUGCACAACAGAGCAGCAAACAGUAAGGACUACAAGGAAGCGUUAUUUCUGCUGAGGGACUUGAGGAAAACACACAAGAUGGUCCAUGACAAAACAAUGGAACAAGAAGCCAGAUUCCAGUGUGAACAUCCACAUUAAUACAUGCUUUCCUCAUGCAGGAGCUUUUUUAUUAUUAUUAUCUUCAACCAGAUCUGGACCCUGAUACUGUCACUGUGAGUAAAAUCAAUCUCACAUCAUAGACAACAAGACAUGUUGAGCUUUUAUUUAUGUUUGAUUUAAGAACGAUAUGGAAGAGAAAACCAUAGAUGGCAUCCAGAGUAUCACAGUUGAGCUGUAGCAAAAAUGUGUCUGCAGUUGUGACUUCAUCUGCAGAAAAUGUAUUUAUCUAAAGCUGCCUUUUUCUGACGGUUCAGGGCAGCUGCCUGCACCACAUCUGCAAUCGCAGUUAAUCUUCUAAAUAUGCAUUAUGUGCAACGUACUUUGGCCAGUUACUUUUUAUUACUUGCAUUGUGAGUAAAAUUUGUAAGCUUUGAUGUAUUUUUCUGUCUCAAAAAAGCGAACCGUGAUCCUCAUUCAA